CACCACUUCAUCCACCGCUGCCUCCGCAGCCAGCCUCUCCCCCUCCCCUCUCCCCUCCACUGCUGCAUCCUCCAGCCCCUCCCCCACUCCCCAUCCUUCCUCCAGCAGAGGCCUGUCCAUGGUUGGAACUGGACCGGUGCCUCCAAAGUUCGACAGGAGCGACUUCCAGUCACCCACCAUCAGUGAAUUGAGGACCAUCGGCAUUGGGGUUAGGACCUCCCCGGGAAAGCUGGAUCUGAUCGUGUAUUGCCAGUUGAAGGGGAGAUGUCCUCACUGCAACUCAACACUGAUCUCAGCAAACUCGGUUGGCAAGCGCAAGUUGUGUUACGCCGUCCCUUGGCCGAAGACUAUCGUUGGGGUUGACAUGAGGUGUGGAAAGUGCAACAAGCACUUUAUGACACAUGACCCGAGCUACGUCAACACCCUCCCUUCGGACCAACAGAUCAGACGUGAGUUUGUCUCCUCCAAGGGCAACGGGAGCCACAUCUCUCUGCUCCGCUUACUCCGGUCGGGUUUGACAGUCGCCCAAGUGGAGCGAUACAUCGAUGACGAGGUUCGACAGCACUACCUCAUGCUGAAGUCCAAAUACAUAGAGCUCUGGGACAAGGUAUUUACUACUGUCAUAAAAGUAUACACUGCUAUGACUAUUUUCCACUUGCAUUAUUCAAUGUCUUCUUCCAAAUCUAGGUAGAUGCCAUGCGCGGUGUCGGUAAGGUGAACGUGGCUCCUCGUGAUGCCUUCCCUCCAUUCCCCUCCCACUAUGUUCCCUGCCGACCCCACAUCACCGCCAUGUUCAUCAAAGACUACUGGGAGAACAAGCCACACAUCAUGCGUGAGCUUCGAUCUAUCCUCAGCCACCACAGCCUCGCAGUUGACCACCAGCGCAAGGUUGUGAAGCGCACUCUCGGCGAUGAUGUUGUUGGCAGUGGUGGACAGACGUUCACCAUAUGUGGCGACUUCGGCCUCAUCUGUGGGGUGUAUGUAGUCCCCGACACAGCUCUCUCCUGGGCAAGGAAGGCCAUGUGUGAGGUCAUCGACAGACACGUGUCGGCCGGAGUGGAGGUGCCGAAGUCUCUCUACAUGGACUGUGGCUGCUGUGGUGGGAAGGUGGGGUCUCGAGCUGACACAGGCACAAGUGUCGCAGCCCUAUGGCGGUCGACCUUCUCUGUCAAACUGGAUGCUAUGCAUCUUAUGUUACGAAUUGGACGGGAAAUGAAUGCCGAACACCCCCGUCGAAAGAGGUUUCUCGUCGACCUCAGCCACGCUAUCUUCGUCCAGCAUGAGGGUGAUCGGCAGCGACUGAUGAACGCCAAAGAAGCAGCAGGACUGGAGGGACCUCCUACUCGAACUGAGAGGGUCAAGUUCAUUCGCCGAGUCGUUGGUGAGCCAGAAUGUGUGGCGGAGCGAAUGAUCUUGGUCCUCAAGGCUCACCGAGAGAUAGACACUCAGUGCCGUACACAGGCAGAAGCAGCAGGCAUGAAAGUGGACGACCUGACAGUUGCCGAUGUAGCCUAUCCUCUCAUCACUAGGCGGGUGACAGCCGUGUUCCAACAGCAGCUCGUCCAUGUUCGGAAUGGAUGUAUAUCCGAUGACCCAGACCACCUGCCAUUUGUGAAGGUCGGCACCAUCAACUACCACUCGACCGGCCAUCAUCUCGACCACUAUCAGUCCCUUCGUGGGACAAGCAAGGUGGAAGCUGUCCACUCGGUCCUCAACAGAACCUUCUACUCCCAACGGGGUAUAGGCUCGGAGGUGUUUGAUGCACGGUUGGGAUGGUGGAUCCUGGGGUACAAUCGUCGUCGCCUGCGUGCUCUGGGAAAGAAGGUUCCACCAGACAGCAUGCCACCAAAGAUUUGUGAGCACUACAUUGCUCGUGGACUGUGUGACGACUACCCAGACUGGUCGAUCGCUGCACCAGGCUUUGACACCAGUGUCAAGAUAGGGUAUGAGUACGGACGUUCCGUGACUGGAGAGGAGCAGCAGAUUGAGCUCGAUUUGGAUGAGGAGGCGGUCCGUACUGAUAAUGACCAGGUGGUGCCCGACCCUCAGGAAGAGAGAUCAAUGGUGGCGACAUCAGCUGAGGCACUCCAGGAGCUCGGUCUCGAUACAGCUGAUCUUGUCGAUGAAGAGCCCUCCUUUUUCCACCCGUCAUCACAAACAACAUCUCAAGAACACCAGUCACCAAGUGUCAGCGCUGCCACCAAUGUCACUCAGGACAUGGACGUAGCCACAAAGAGUCGCCAAGUGUCAGCCAUCCCUCCAACGAAGCUGAGGAGAUGGCCAUAGACGAUUCACCAGUUGCUGACUCUACUCCAGACUGGAGAAGUGUGCCUCUCCCUGACACCACACCCGGACGCCGACGAAACGUGUCACGCCUGCGAGCCAUGGGAGGAGACCCCACAUGUGUCCCUCCAGAUUUUAACAGGAACAUGCUCGCUGUCUGGGAGGAGCUGUGGCAUUCGAUGCCCCAGAGUGGCAAAGUCAGUGCCACAGUCUACACACUUCUGCAGGAGUACAAAAAGCACUGCAGAGAGGAGAGAAGGCGACUGCAAGAAUCAGCCGGUACCCCCCCAGCACUUCUACCCGUUUCAUUUGCCCAAGCCAAAGACUGGCUACUCCGACAGCAAAAAGCUCAGUCGCAAGCCCUCCAGAUUGGUGCUGUGAAUGAGGAGGCACGUGAGGUGGUGACGGAGCUCCAGCAAUCCCUCGCCGAGCAGCCAGCAUCGACAGCUGCGCUUCUAGAGCAGCCAGCUCGUCAGGCCUCCCCAGUUGUCCCCCAACCUGUGAUGUCACUUGGUCCUGAGCCAGUGACUGAUCAGGUGAGGGCAGAGGAGCGUGCUGAACAGCGAGCACGACGGCAGGCAGAGGACAGUGCUGGACCAAGCCGAAAGAAGACAGCACCCAGCCAGAGAAAGGCAGCACCUAAAAAGAAGAACAUCCCGCCCGAGCUUCAAGAGCGCCAAGAGCGAGCAUCUGCUCGUAUGCUCGAACUAGGUGUUCCUCCUCUCGAGGAAUCCCAUGAUGGGAAGCGUCGCUGCCCUGUCUGUAGGCAGUUGCGUGCAGCAAAUGACAAGACGCCUGAUGGCAGAAUACAUCGCAUCCUAGGGCGAUCUAAUAAAAUCUGGUGCCCGUAUGGCGAUGACUUAUCUAUUCUCGAGACUUUUGAAAAGGAGCAGAAAGAGAGAACACAGGCAGCGUGGCGCAGAGCGAACGAAGCAAAACGAUCGAAGAAACAGCAGUAGCUUUCACAGGAUUCCUAAUCAACAUUCAUACUUUCUAUCAUUGCAUAUAACACCAUUAUCAGCUCUAAUUAUAUUUCAUAAUCGCAUAGCACCAUUAUCAGCCAUAAUUAUCGUUCAUACUCACUAUUAUUGCAUAACACCAUUAUUAUUGCAUAACAUUAUGAUAAUUAGUUGGUAUCAGGGAUCAAUGGUUCGAUGCCCUACAGAGGCAUGAGGCCCUUCUUUCUUUUUUUCCUUCUUUUCCCUCUUUUCCCUCUUUACCCCUCCUUUCCCCAUUUUUUCUCCCUUUUUUCCU